AAUCUGUACCUUUGAUCUGUACAUUUUCUGUACUAAAACCACUAAUUCUGUUUUGUGAUUGGCGCGGGUUUAAUCAAAGAAUUCUCCCGUUGAACCAGAGCCUUCACGACGUUUCAAUUUAUUCUUUACUGAAGGCCUGGAAUCCAGGGUACACGGAAAUACCUGUUGACGUGGUUCAAUUACGAUAGACCCCCUCGGAAAUUUUCGACUGAUUUAUUCACCCCCCUCAGAAAUUUUCGGAAAUUUAUUGACCACCUCUUGGAAAUUAUCGUCAACAGGUAGUAUCUUCCUCUCCCCCCCCCCCUUGAAAAUUAAAAAAAAGUUGACCCCUUCAGAAAUUGUCCUUUUAUAACCCCCUCAGAAAUUUGAACUUAGCACCCCUCAAAAAUUCAGAAUUUCAGACCCCCUUCGGAAAAUCUCGUCAACAGGGGGGUGUGGAUAUUAAAUGGAAUGGCCUUAUAUUACUCGCAUUUGUACUUAUGCCCCCCCCCCCUUAUGGGCCUACGACCGUCACACUUGUUUCUUUGUCGCCUUCUGGAGCAGGUUGCGUUGUUGUUGAUGUCGAUUGCAUCAACUGCCUCUAGAUUGCCAAACUAUUUCGAUCGUCGAAAUUGUCCAAUAAGUUCCUAGCUUCGUGAGCAAUAUUACAAUUUACAAGCGCAGUUUGAAGGUUUCCACUUAUUUGCCGAUUUUCAGCUCAGGCACAGGCUAUGAUUUGUCGGGUUGUGCAGGCACGCGACCGCAAUGCAUUAUGCAACACGAUAUAAAAGUGCUUUCAGCAUAUCAUAAAAGUUUAGCAUGUCUCAUAAAAAUUUGGAAUACGAUGUAAAAUGGGUCGCGGCAAAAUUAAAGUUUGGCAAGUUAUAAAAAACUUUGGCAUGUUAUUUAAAAGUUUAGAAUAAGUUAUAUAAUUUGACAACACGAUGCAAGAAAUUCUGAAUGUAUAUGAUGAUGUUUAGAAUGGCCUUUAUAAGUUUAGCACAAGUUUUUGAAAAUUAUCACUGUGUAUGUAAAAUAUGCCAUAUAUAUUUUGAAUUUAGCAUGUUAUAUAAUAAGUUCAGAAUAAUGUCCGAUUCCGCGCCUCAUAAUUUUUAUCGGCUAUAUAUAUGCAGCUCUUGAACACCGGAACGUUUAUGUAACAGCAAUAAUUAUACGUCCACGUAACUUGUAAGCAAAAUAAGCGGCCCACUUUUGCAUGCAUGGCCACCAAAAGCGUAUCCUGCAUGUUGAGAAUGAGUCGAAAAUUGACACGCUUUAUUUAUAUAGUUUGCAGUUUUCGUUCGUAUAUAUAUAAGUUUGAAUUAUUCAAGUGUUAAAAAUAAUAGUUAUUAAACUGUUGCUCGAGUUAAGAGACUGCUAUGUGAACUGAACUCAAAACAGUUUGUUUUAGUAUAUAGUCAAUAAAGCUUCCUUGCGAGGUGCGUAUCUAGAAAAUAGAAAUGGCUUUCAUAUUAAGGAUUUAAGGGCGAGGUUAAGGAAUGCAGUAAUACUACAAAAUGUAUUAACAUGUAAGUAAACACAGCAACGCUUGUCAAUCAGUCGCAAGUUACAUCGAAUUUCAGUCCGAAUUUUACUUGAACGAAUUUCGAAGUGAAUUUCUGCAAUGAAAUUAUCCGACAAAACCUGCCACGUGUUUGUGUUCGCAAGUCACAAGAAGCCGCCAAGUGUUCCGCCACGCCGGAGCUAUUUGAAAACAGUGUAGAAAAGUCACAAUAAGCCAUCGCUAAUUCACACUACGCUGGAGCAAAUCAUUUGAAAACUUUCACGUCACUUUUGCCGUAACAAUUUGAGCACGGUUUCUAAACGGAGCGAGGUGAAAACGGCGGAGCGCUUGAUAGCUUCGUGUGAACACAAACGUGUAAACUCGAAUGCUUUUCAGUUAAAUUUCUUGGGUCUAUUUGAAAUAUUUUGGGUUUACACCAGUGCUAAUUCAAUUUGUAAACAAACUGUAAUGGCGGUAGUGUGAACACACGUAAAUUCUGCCCGCAUUAGUUCGCUCGCGCGUAGUGUGAACGUAGUCUAAUUUGACGUUUUCAAACGGCGAGGUAGCCUUUAGAAAAAUUUAGAAAUAGUGGAUGUCCGAAGGGGAGGGGGGUAAUUUUGGGCUUGGAUGUCCGGAGAGGGGAGGAGGAUGAACCAUUCAAGGAUGUCCGAAGGGGGGGAGGGGGUUAUUUUCAAUUUCCUCCGUAGGGGGGGGGUAUGGAUCUUUUCUGGAAUGACCCAUUGGGAAAAAUAACUAUAUCUGUGGAAAAUGUUUUUUGUAUUUUCGUAAAAAUUAAGGUAUGUCCGGAAAAAUAUUUGUAUUUUCGGAAAAAUUAUGAUAUGUCGGGAAAAGAUUUUUGUAUGUUCACGAAAAUUACGAUAUCCUCGGAAAAUUCUUGGUAUGUCUGGAAAAAUGUUUGCGACGCAGAACACAAAGCUACCUACAGUAUAUAUAUCUUGGUUGAAGGAACUCGAAGAGAUUUAAAAAAAAAUUAUUUAAGAAGAAGCUUGCAAAGAAACAGUAAUGAAUACCAAAGUGUAUAUCGCUUUCUUUAAUGUAUAAAAAAUAUUAAUUAGCAGCUGAAAUGUUCUCGGCAUGUAUGCGUCGCAAAAUCAGGUAAAAACGUUAAGUUGGAAAAUUCAGGUUAAUCCCCCCCCCCCCAAAGGCAAAGUCCUCGCAACUGGCUAUUAUAUUAAGAGUGUUACAAUUUUCUGUUUAAAAUUUUCAUUGAUUUCCGGUAUGAUACCAAGAUAUCAAUUUGAGCUUCGAAAAAGCAUCUACGAUGGGAAAGAAAUGGUACGUGUAUUUUGCAAAUGAAUCUGUAAAAUUUGGUUUGUUUUUGUAUUAUAAUGGCCACUGAGGAAGUGGCUGUCGGGGCGGCUGCGCAAAAAGCCAUGCAGGGGGGGGGAUGAGAAACUAAUAUGCAAUUAUAUGCAUGAAGUAAAUGCUUCUUGCUUUGAAUUUCGAAGCACGUCUUCACUGCAUGCCCGCAAUGGUAUUUGGUCAAGAAAUAUCAGUCGUGGACAGAAUUUUUUUCAGAUACUGAGCUUGUGAUUUCCGGUAUCCAAAUUUAAAAUCUGGUAUUGCCGGGAUAUCGGGAUACCACAAAUUUGAAGCCCUGCAUGGUCAUACCAUGGACCGUGGAGCGGGGCUUUAGAAGAUCCAAAAAGGUCCUUUGCACACUGGCAAAAAAAAAAAAAACACCUGCCGUACUAAACUGCUCCUAUCCUGUUGGAAGAUUGGUGAGAAAUGAGAAUGUCCUCACCGUGCAGUAAAUGGACAAUUGACUUUCUCUGUUUUGAUUUAAUUAACUGAAUUUUGAAGCGUAAUUUAAAGAUAUGUGGACCAAAUAACUCAAAAUGUUAUAGCGCUUCUAAAUAUUUGGAAAAUUCAAACUAGGAUCAAAAUUAUCGGUCAGUGAAAAUCGAUAAAUCGCGUCGUAUUGUCGAAUCGCGUCCGGGGUGUCUGGACCAUAACCAUUAACUUCAAACUUUUCGCAAACCGCGUUUUUCCACAUUCGUUUGGUUUAUGUUUCAAAUGUUUAGCAUAUGUUUUUUGUCGCUUGGCAACAAGCUUGUCAUUUCUCAAGGAAUGCUGGGAGAAUACCACAGAAUAUGCUUCUCUCGUAUUCUCCCAACAUUCGAUUCCUCUCGUAA